AUGAAAAAGUGCCUUUUUCUAAACAUUGUUCUGCAAAUUGUAAUAUUACGGGCAAAUGCAGACGGUGACUCAAGUGAACCACUAUUCCUUACUCCACUCCUCGAGCGCGGUGACGUGACUGAGGCGCGGCGGUUGGCGCGCGUGCCGCUCCUCCACGACCUACACGUCGAGAGCUAUGCCGGCUUCUUCACCGUCGACAAAACCUACGACUCCAAUCACUUCUUCUGGUACUUUCCGAGCAUGUCCACUGAAAGGGACAACGACCCAGUCAUCUUGUGGUUGGAAGGAGGACCAGGCGGUUCAGGUCUGAUCAAUAUCUUUAUGGGAAAUGGACCGGUUUAUCUGAAGAACCACACGUUCAUACCCAAAGAGCACAAUUGGGUUCUGAACCACCAUAUGAUCUACAUAGACAACCCAGUGGGCGCUGGCUUCAGCUUCACUAAACAUAACGAUGGCUAUUGCACAAAUGAGACACAAAUCGCUGAACAUCUGUACUCCAGCCUGACUCAGUUCUUCCAGCUCUUCCCAGGGCUGCAGCGGAAUGAGUUCUUCAUCGCGGGAGAGUCAUACGGCGGGAAGUAUGUCCCGGCUCUAGGCUACGCUAUUCACAAGAAGAACCCCACAGCGAAAAUCAAAAUAAACCUCAAAGGUUUAGCUAUCGGUAAUGGUAUGACCGAUCCUGAAAACCAGUUAAAUUACGGGGAGUUCUUAUAUCAAAUAGGUCUUAUUGAUUUAAAUCAUCGAAAAAUAUUUGAAGAAUACGAAGCUAAGACAGUGAAUUAUAUUAGAAACGGCCAGUGGAUCCAAGCCUUCAACACUUAUGCCGCUCUUAUUCUCGAAGAUAAUUCCUUAUUCAACAAUUUUACUGGAUUCGAUGAAUAUUAUAAUCUCUUACACACAGAAUUUAAAGAAGUUGAUUCUAAUGUUAAAGCUGAAUUCCAGUUUAUAUUGAAACAAUACGCUUUUCGAAAAGCUAUCCACGUGGGAAAUCUGACGUUCCAUGACAGUUCCUUAUUGAAGAAGAUUUUACAAGCAGAUAUAAUGAAGUCAGUCGCUCCGUGGUUGUCUGAGCUAUUGAAUCACUAUUAUUGUUUGGUUUACACGGGACAGUUGGACAUUUUAUUUGCCUAUCCCUUGACACUCAACUACUUGCAGAAGCUGAACUUCAGUGGUUCUGAGGAGUACAAGACCGCGAAGCGUUCGAUCUGGCGCGUGGACGGGGAGGUAGCGGGGUACGCCAAGCAGGGGGGGAGGUUGGUGGAGGUGCUGGUCCGGGACGCCGGGCACGCGGUAAUAUGGGACAAGCCCAAGUGGGCAAUGGAUAUGAUCCAACGUUUUACCCAUAAUACAAAACAUUGGGACAGCUAG